AUGAGCAUGCUGCCAGCAUUACUCAACGCGCUUUGGAAAGGACGAUGCUCGGAAUUUCCCUAUACACGCAAGUGCAGAAGGGAAUCCGGAGUUCCGAGCUUCGUCACCGAACGAAGAUCAGGGAUGCCGUUGAUUACGCCAAGAAAUCGAAGAUCAGGUGGGCCGGACACGUUAUGCGAUAUAGUGAUGACCGUUGGACCAGGGCGGAUACUGACUGGAUCGCUCGGGACAUCGAACGAACUCCAGGAUGGCCGCCAACGAGAUGGUCAGGCUUCUUCACGAAAGAUCUGA